CAGCACUGCUGCUUACAGCUUGAUCUCCUCUCCUCUCCUCCUGCUGGCGAUACUGCAACCUGCCAUGAAGAGCCCUUGCAUUUUUAUUCUCUUGUGUGCAGCUGGAGCUGUUUUGGGAGAUAGCUAUACAGAAAAGUUUAACUCAACCCUAUUAACUAUUCCUUACCUGGCCUAUCUUCAGACCAAGUCAGGACCCUGUGUAGGGUGUCUCAUACACCCAGAGUGGGUUGUGACAGCUGCACACUGCUCUGCCCCUAUUAAUAUACGACUUGGUGUUGUUCAACCGAGCAUUAAAAGUAAGAAAGAGCAGUCACGGAAUCACUCCUUAAUUGUGACCCAUCCUGGAUUUGAUUCAAAAUCUCUGAAGAAUGAUGUGAUGUUGAUAAAGCUCUCCAAGCCUGCAAAUAUCAACACUGAUGUGGGAACUAUAGCCAUAGCCUUGGAAUCCAUGCUUUUCAAUGACACCUGCUUUAUUCCAACCUGGAUUUGGAAUGAAUAUCAAAACAACAGUGAUGCUGACAUCUUGACAUGGAUAAAUGAGCACGCUCUUCCCAACGACGAAUGCCUGUCUAUACUUCAUGAACGGCAAUCAGAAGUGUUUUCAAACAUCAUGUGUAUGGGAAAACCUAUAUCUCCCAUAUUUAAAAUUAAGGAGGUUCCAGCUGCUCCAGCCAUCUGCAAUGGGAGGCUUCAGGGAAUCUUGUCUUGGACCAAUGGCAAUAUCAUCCUAGGAAGUGAAGGAUUCUUCACCGAAGUUCAUCCUUAUGCAAGAUGGAUUAUGGCAACCAUAAGUAAACACUAAAGUGUUACUGUUCUCCUAUAUUCACAAUGUCAUCUCUUGGUGAUUUUCAUAAUGGAUCCUUCAUCUGAACAGAAUCGAAAGAUUCAAUAAAA